GCAGCAGCAGCAGCAACAGCGGCAGCAGCAGCAGCAGCGGCAGCAGCAGCAGCAGCAUGGGGCUGGAGCUCUACCUGGACCUGCUCUCGCAGCCCUGCCGGGCGCUCUACAUCUUCGCCAAGUGCAACAACAUCCCCUUCGAGUUCAAGCCCGUGGAGCUGAUGAAGGGGCAGCACAGGACUGAGGACUUCCGGAAGGUGAACGUCCUGAUGAAAGUGCCGGCGUUAAGGGACGGCUCUUUCACCUUAGCAGAGAGCAUUGCGAUCCUCCUCUACCUGACCCGGAAAUUCAAGACACCCGAUCACUGGUACCCGUCUGACCUGCAGAAACGGGCCAAGGUUGAUGAGUACCUGUCGUGGCAGCACGUCAACAUUCGAGGGAAGGGGAGCAAGUUCUUCUUAACUAAGGUGCUGCUGCCUCUCGUUACAGGCCAGCCCCUUCCUCUAGAGAAACUGGAAGGAGUUACUGAAGAGCUGAAUGUUGUCCUGAAGCAGUUUGAGGAGAAGUUCUUGCAGGACAAGCCCUUCAUCGCAGGCAGCGAGGUCUCCCUGGCAGACCUGGUAGCGCUGGUGGAGCUCAUGCAGCCUGUAGGUGCUGGCUACGACCUCUUCGAGGAGAGGCCAAAACUAGCAGAGUGGCGCAGUCGGGUGGAAGAGGCGGUGGGGAAGAAGCUCUUCCAGGAGGCGCAUGAGGAGAUCUUGAAAGCCAAGAACUUGACCGCUGAAAAAAUUGCGCCUGAACUGAUGGAGCAUUUCAAGCACCACCUCCUAAAGCUGGCUUGCCAGAAUUAGGGGGUUACGCUCUAAGUAAAAUGGGUUAUUUUGUGCGGGCUUUUUGUCAUAUUUCAGCAUUUCUUCUAAAAUCAUAUAGAAACACCAAUCUGCAAAAUGCACUUUCAUCACAGCCUCUCUGCAACUUAGAAAGGAAACUACAUCUUAAACAAAGACUACAGUGACCUGCUUCCCCUGCUGUCUGCUGCAGCUCUGUUGACUGCAGCUCUGUAGGCUCUUCUUUCUCGCUCCAGCAGAAGUGGAUCUGCUUGAGGACUGAAGCAAUUCAGUCCCCGAGGAAACUGGAGCUAGUCAGAAGUGCCUUUUUUUUGUCCCUGAGUUUUCCAGGUCACAGCAACAAAGAAGGGGCAAAAGUUUCCUGAAAGUACGACAGAACAGAUCUGUCUGAACUGGAAUGAAGAAGGGGUGUAGAAAAUGGCUUUUGCAUUGCAACAAGCCCAAUAGGAAAUUUUUUGCUCUUUCCAUGAAAAGAGAAAAGUCAAAACUCGGCCCUUGGAUGGGGGACCCUGCCCAGUGGACACCUGGCCACUAGAGGUUGCUGCGUUAUCUCUUGGAGCAAAGGGAGAUUGUGCAGGAGUCAAGUGAGGUUUCUUAGCUGCUGGGAAGGAUGUGGUCAGCCCCACGAAUAAAGGUCCUCAAGCAACCAUAGACUCAGGCCCUAAUCUGCAAAGAACAGGCUGCACAGCAGGGAAAAGGUGCUUUUUUUUUAAACUGAAACCUCUGCCAACUGCACUUCCCCGUCCUCGAGCCACGCUGGUGCUCUGGCCCUUCUCUGGAGCUUCUCUGGGAGCUCGGGGGAAGGCAUCCAAGCGGGGCUCUCCCCCUUGCAGAGUGGCUGUGCAGGGCUGCUGCCGGGGGCAGCGGGGGCCGUGCCGGCCAGCCCUGGGGGAACUGGAUUGCACGGGCGAUAAAUUGACUAAUGCCUUAAACACAGUUAAUGUUCUACUACUUUUUUGUCAUGUCUGAUUCUCCAAUAAAGUUAACGGUUAUACUUGC